GAACCGCUAUUUACAGGAUGCAUUAAGGAAGUGGCGUUGCAAGGCCGCUUUUAACAUCUGUUCAUCUGCCCUGUGAGCGGUACAAACAUUUGCAUUUUUUGGGGCUUUGCCUUGCAGCUAAUCGUUCAGUAAAAUUACACAACACAGCCCCCCCUCCUUCAGGGACACCAAUCAACCAUCUCUGCCUUCAAUUGGCCACAGGGGACUUUAAAUAGGUCCGGAUCAGUUUCAGCAUUUCGAUUGGGGCUGUCUCACUCUGAGAAGACACCGGUUCGAUUCCUGGCUCUGGUGCAAGACUUCAAGCAGGUCCUGUACAUUAGUGACUGGCAACAUGGACGGGGAAAGUAGCUUUUAUACUCCUCUCCUGCAGACCAUUGAGGAGCCCCCUGUUUCUCCGGCUGCAUCAGUGUGCAUGAAAGUUUUGACCUCCAUUUUGGCAAUUGCUUCCAUAACUAUUGGCACCAUCUACUUGGACUCUUGUACCAAACAGUACCUCAUUCCAAUUUAUCUAAUUGUCUCCGGAAGCUUUACACUCUUCUUCAUGAUACUGUCACUGGUUCCAUGUGGUUCAAGUGGUGAAAGUUCUACAGGAGCGGCCCAUAAAUCGGGUAGCGUGUGGAAGAGUUUGGCAUCUGUCUUCUCCUUCAUUUGGUUUAUUUGUGGUAACGUUUGGAUCUACAGCAUUUAUAAGCCAAAUUAUAUUGACAAAUCGUCGUCUGACUACUGCGAUAAAACCCUGUAUCUCUUUGCUUUCUGGCUUACCACUGCUAUUUAUAUUCUCCUGGGUAUAACACUGCUGCUUGGAUGCUGUGCAUUGCUCUGUGCUUUUAUCUUGAGUGGGAGCUUCCUCUUGAGACAGCGUACAUAGAAAUUCCCUCAACUCUCCUUUGUAUUCGGUUAGCACGGACCUUGUCAAAUAUUUUGGGCUCUUGGGAUAAUUUGGCUUGAUCUAACAUGUUAUAUUUGGACACUUUACAAACCCUUGCAUCUUUUUUUUGCCUGCUGUAUAGACACUGAUAAUUGUAAAAUCACUAAUUGUAAAAUCAAUGUAAGCUUUUAUAUUAAGAAAAAAAUCAAUGAAUUGUUGAAAAGGUCUGUAUAUUAACUUUCUAGUCAUUAUCAAAACAGUUAUGGUUUUAAGUUCAGUAAUCUAGUUGAUUGACUUCAAUAAAAAAAAACUUCAAUUAGACCUUUAA